GUGAUCGCACUCAUAUUAUAGAGAAAACAAAAACCUGACGGAGACGCGUUGUUUUACUAUUUAAAGCAAAAUCGGAUGAAAUAAAUGUUUUUCUUUUCUCAAGCGGAGAUUCAGUAAUUUGGAUUAUUAUCGUUUAGAUCGAUUUGACACAUAACCGAAACGUCAAAUUGAAAUUUCAUGUUUAACGUGUUGUUUCGAAACGCAAACUUUAUUAAAACGUCAUCAUUAAACAUUUACCUGUUUUAUUAUUGUUUUUCUGUGUGUUGAAAGAAAUAAAGAAAGAAAAAUAAAAUUCAUGUUGGCAAUAUUCUCAUUUCUCAAGAAGAGAAAGCGCAAUUUUUCCGUAUCAAAACAUUUUUUUGGUUGAUAGAGAGAAUAUUAAAUGUUUUAUUUUGUUCUAAUUGAAAAAUUUGUUUAAUUUUAUUAAAAGGAGUGAUACAACUUAAUCUUGAUCACAUCCACUUGAAGUGUUUGUUAUCAAUUUGAAUUUCGAAAAAGUGGGUGUAUCAAAUACUUAUCAAUCUGGGUGUUUUUUAAUAAUACAAUUAAAAUUGUUUAACAAGUGCACAGUUUAUGAAUCAUACAAAAUCUACAUCAAUUUGGAUUACGAGAUCAAAUGUACAUGAAAAUUUAAUUAUUUAUGCUGAUUCCACAACAAAAGGAUUACAUCUACCAUUCAAGCGCUUUGUUCUUCAUUUCAUUCUAUUCUGGGCUUAAUUCAUUUAUAGUUAUGCCGCAAGUAAGAAGUUAGUUGUUAUCCGCUUUAUCGGAUUUAAGGCUAUUUUUUUAAAAAAGAAAUGGCUUCUCCAAUGAGUGCUAUGACGCUCUAUCGCACUCCAGGUGGUAUGUGCAACUCACCACCCAUCCUUAACCAACAACAAUUGCAACUUCAACAACAACAACUUCCACAACAGCAGCAACAAAUGUACUUUAACAACAAUAAUGAACACAAACGUAUAAUGCAAUUGCUGAGUGCUCCAGCAAUUUUGUCACCAAUGGAACCAACGUCAAAGGGACUUCUUAAUGGACCCGGCCAGAAUAAUUGUUUCCUCAAUUGUGCUGUUCAGGUUUUGUGGCACUUGGAUGCUUUUAGAAGAUCAUUCAGACAAUUGAAUCAGCACGUAUGCAGUGGGCAAGAUUGUAUAUUUUGUGCUUUAAAGGAACUUUUCCAACAACUUCAAACAAGUUCCGAGCCAGCACUAUGUCCGGAACCACUUCGUCGUGCUUUGGCAAGUGGGCCAUUAGCUGGAAGAAGAUUUCCAUUGGGAUGUUUAGGAGAUGCAGCUGAAUGCUUUGAGCUUUUAUUGCAUCGUGUACACUCACAUAUUUCACCGGAUGAUGGAGAUUCCUGUGAGUCACAGGCAUGCAUUGCCCAUCGUCGUUUUGCGAUGCGUGUUAUUGAACAAAGCGUCUGCAAGUGUGGUGCUAACUCCGAACAGUUACCUUUCACUCAGAUGGUUCACUAUGUUUCGGCAUCAGCCCUGACAUCACAAAACAAUUUGGCCAUUCAAAAUCACCAACAACUGACUUUUGGCCAACUACUCCGUUCGGCGGGAAAUAUGGGCGACAUACGUGACUGUCCGAAUUCCUGUGGCGCUAAGAUCGGUAUUUGUCGUGCACUGCUCAACCGACCAGAUGUUGUGUCAAUCGGUAUUGUUUGGGAUUCGGAAAGACCUGCAGCGGACCAGGUUCAUGCUGUCUUAAAGGCCAUCGGUACUACAUUAAGAUUGUCUGAUGUCUUCCACCAAGUGUCUGACCAGCGUUGGGCACAAACCGUCCAACACGAACUUGUUGGCAUUGUUUCCUAUUACGGAAAGCACUACACUACUUUCUUCUUCCAUACCAAGCUCAAGGUUUGGGUGUACUUCGAUGAUGCCAAUGUUAAGGAAGUUGGUCCCAAUUGGGAAGGAGUUGUUGACAAAUGCAGCCGUGGACGGUAUCAACCAUUGUUGUUGCUCUAUGCAGUUCCCCAAGCACCAGCUGGACCGCAAAUGCCCCCACAAUAUAUUCAAGAACUUAUACAAUCGACUGCCCGGCGGGCCAUCACGCCCAGUCCUGAGAAACCCAUAAUGGGUAAUACCCGUCGUGCCAUAACGCCAACUCCAAUUCGAUCACCGAACGAUUAUCAGAAUCUCAGUGUUAUUCAGAGCAAGAUCUUCCCGUCUUCAGACGAAACCGAUGCUUAUAUUAGCCGCAAAACUGUUGAGAACGUUCUAAACGCACAAUAUCAAAAUUUAAGCGUGAUUCAAGAUAAAAUCUUUCAAAAUGGAAAUCAGUCGUUGGAAGACAAAGAAGGAGGAUUUUUGAAUCGCAAACCUAUUGAGAACACAUUGAAUUCUCAGCUAGCCCGAAAGCACCAUUUGAAUCUUCAUCGUAGUUUGAGUGCUGAGUCGGGACAAGUGGCCAAUGGCUCGCCACCAAGUGAUGGUCUUACGAUUCCAGAUCACCUGAAUCAGCCGAGGCGACGUGAUUCGGGAAACUGGAGUGGUGAUAGAAACAGUGCCAGUUCGGCUUCUUCUACAACUCUUGAUAAUCCUUACCUUUAUAUGGUAGGCAAACGUGGAGGACCUGCUGCGGUCCCCCAAAGCCCAACGAGGCAAGCUGGUAUGCCCUACGACCCGGGCUAUGACUCGUUCUCGCUAUCAUCAACAGAUUCUUAUCCACCGAAGCACCACAACCCCCAACUAGCUAAGAUUCCAGAAUCGGUAGUGCUUACCGGAGACUGUGAAAAGCUAUGCCAAGAAGCCGAUCAGCUCCUCGAGAAGUCCAGAAUAGUUGAGGAAUCUCAUGACUUGGAAACCGCUCUGGUACUGUGCAAUGCUGCAGCAGGCAGAGCUCGAGCAGCAAUGGAUGCUCCCUACAGCAACCCACACACUAUGACCUUCGCUCGAAUGAAGCACAAUACUUGUAUAAUGAGAGCCAGAAGUCUUCAUCGCAGAAUAUUAGUUGAGAAGGGCAGCGAUCUAGAGACCAAUUAUCCACCAGAGUUGAUAAAGAACAUCAUGGCUGGUGGCAGCGUCAAGCACGUCCGUCAAAACAGCAAGGAUAAGACUCUUGAAAAAUCUGUUAGCAAGAAUAUUGAGAUCUAUGCAACUUUGCCCAAGAAAAAGACCCCAAUCAAGGCGUCUAUUCUUGCUGACGACAAUGCAAUUGAAUUUGAUCCACCGGCAAAGCCGGAGAGGGAAAGCCGCAGCAUCUUUGGACGCAGCAAGGAAAAGGACAAGCGAAGUCGCAGUGAAGAUCGCAACAAGAUCACACGAGAGUUUUCGGUAGCUGAGACUCUGCUUGUAAAUGCCAAGGACACCCUCAAGAAGCACAAAGAAGAUAAAGAUGAGAAAAAAGAAAAAGAUAAAAGCGGUAAGAAGCAACACAAAAUCCGCAGGAAGCUUCUUAUGGGCGGCUUGAUUAGAAGAAAGAACCGAUCUAUGCCUGACCUAACUGAAGCAAAUGCUGUGGAGGAGCAACAACAAAAGGAAAAGCCAGCUCCAACUAUGGUAUCGGUAGAUGAUAGUACCGUGGGCUUGAACAAAAACAACACGAGUGGAUACAUAUCGGAAGGACAUUUCGAUUAUCGCGAGACAAGCAAUGCAAAUCCAAACCUUGAGCGCAGCAAGCUCAUGAGAAAGAGCUUCCAUGGUAGUGGUCGGCAGUUAACAGUUGUUGCGAAAGUAGCUCCACCACCACCUUUAAGGACGAGUUCUGCCUUAACUCAACAAGACCAAGCCAUCCAACCCUUCCACGAAGCAAAUCUCUCAAACAUAUCCAGCAUGAGUGAAGAUUCCUGCCAGACUAUCAUCACUACCUGUGCACAGGUUCACUCAGAACAGUCUCCAAUGAAGCACGAUGAGCAGAACAACAGCUACAAGAAUCCAUAUGGCUAUGCAGAUGGAGGAGUUGAUGAAGUCGAUGGCCGUCUUAUGGACUCAACACUCGAUCUUCCACCAUAUCCAAGUCCACCAGCAUCAGCUUGCCAUUCGAGACAGGCGAGUGAGGAUUUCCCACCACCUCCUCCGGAAAUUGAUAUGGAACCACUUAAUCAGCAAAUUAAUCAGAUCCAAGCUCUCGAGGCAAAUAAAAUCCGCAAUCUGGAAACUCUUGAAGGCACCACAAGCAUUUUGGCCCAGCUUCAGCAGCGCCAACACCUUCUGAAGAUGAGAAAAGAUCAGAAUUCUCCCAACACCACUGCCAAUGAUAACUGGCUUAAGGAGCUCCAGAUGAAACAAAGCGACCUUAGAAACAAGAAACCCGACGCUGUGGGUUCUCCAAACAGUGUAAGAGAUCUAGCCAAUCGCUUCGAGCAAACCAAGCUCCAACCACAACCACCACAACAAAUGCCAGAUCAGAAUUCACAAAUCCGGUCGUAUCCAUCGCAGGAGCUUCUCAGCAGUAAACCACAAAUUCGAACGCAAAUGAAUGGUCUUCCAGGUCCAACAGGUUGCAGUGGAGUUGACGAAGUUGACUGCCCUCGACCUCGACUGCCCUCAAACUCGGGACUACCUAAACCGAAGUACGAAAUUGCUCAAAGCCAGAUUGCCGAAGAAAUACGCGAAGUUGAAAUGCUGAACGCAGUAGUCCAGCAAACUCUAAAUAACUCUCAAAACGGCGUUAAGCGAGUCAAGAAGAAGAGCGUUUCAUUUUGUGAUCAAGUCAUUCUCGUUGCCACAGCGGAUGAGGAAGAAGAUGACAGCUUCAUUCCUAACCCAAUUCUGGAGCGCGUCUUACGCACUGCCCAAAAUCCAAAUGACAAAGUCACUGCCCAACUUAUUCAACAGCAACAGCAAAACAUGCUGAGGCUUUCAACUGAAGCGACUCCAAGAAAUAUCUCCCAACAACAACAGCCAAGCCCAACACCCUCCGCAAUGGAUGCCAGGCGAAGCAUGCCUCAAGACAUGCAGCGCUAUAUUCAGAUGAGACACCAGAAUAGUCCAAAAAUGGAAAACAACCGACACGAAAUGACUUAUCCUGGCAGCAACAGUCCACAAUUUCACCAACAACAGUUGAUCCCACCAACGCUACAGCAGCAGCAACAACAACAACUGCCACCACCCCAACCCAACCCAAAUACUAACAGUGCCACACAUAACAUGCGUUCACAAGUUUACACUCCAAUGCAGGACAUUUUCAGGAUGCAAAAUGUACCAGGGCAGAUGAACGGAAGUGCCAAUACUAACACCAACAACUCCAGCCCCCACCUCAAUACAAGCCCACUGACCAAUACUAACGGCUUGGUUCAGCAACUACCGCCACGAACCAGUAUGAGCGGCAUCGCUAGUCUUGCCAACAUGCAACACAUGCAGAUGCUCAGUGGCAACACUGGACAAAUGGACGCCAAUGUAAAUGGCAUCGUUGGAUCGCGAGCCCCAAUCGUCGAUCAACAGGUCUAUCCUAACGCAAAUCCUGCCAGCCGUUUGCAAGUUCCCAAUUUAAAUCAGAGCUAUUUGGUAUCACUGCAAAUGGCAGCACAGAAACAACAGCAGCAGCAACAACAGCAACAGCAGCAGCAACAACAACAGCAGCAGCAAAUUAUGAACCAGCAAUUACCGAACGGUUAUCACAUGAUUUCCCAGCAGAACGGUUACCACCAACUGUCAGAUGAUCGACUCCAUACAAAUGGGCCAUCGCCCUAUCAGAGGGUGCCACUGCCACACGGUGCCUACCCUGGUAACAAUAACUCUCUUCCCCCAAACUCCUCCCCUUAUUUUCAGCCACCAGCACCAUUGAAACAGAUGUCUCAAAAGAAGGUCAGCUUCGAACCCGGCACCAAAGGUGAAGCCGAACUAGCGAACCAGCAGCAAAACACCAACGGCAUGCCAACGCUAGAGAACGCCCAACAGAAUGGCGGUGCAUCUGUCAACGUCACCGUCAUUCCCACCCGUGUCUAUAACAAUGCAAUUGUAAAGGCUUCUGCGAAAGCAGUCGAAUGCAAUUUGUGUCGGAAACGUCACGUUAUCGCACCAGCUGUUUACUGCACAAACUGCGAGUACUAUCUACAAAUGUUGAACAACAGAAGAUAGACGCAAACAUUAAGCGUCCGUGCACACUCGGUCCGUUCCCGCCCUUCCAAAAUAUGGUCUCUCUCACUCUAAGUGCAAAUUAUUUACAAAAGAUCUAAACUUUUAGCUCUAAAACUUAAGUUAUCAAUAAUUUUUUUUUAGAAUAAGAAUUUUAUAUAUUAUGACCCGCCCACAAUAGGCGUGUCUGUGCAUAGUAGAAGGUAAGUAUUUGAAUUGAUAUUGUGAUAUUUAAGUUACAAUAUUUGUUUUUAAAUUUAAAGUUUUUUUAAGUUUUCUAUCUAUAACUUAACAUUGUAUACCCACACAAUUUUAUAAAAAUUAAGAGAAUUAUUUUUUAUGGUUGUACAUAAAAAAUUAUGUGAGUAUACAUUUUAUUGUUUAAAAAUAAUAAUUAAUUUUAAAGAAUAUUAUAUUCUAUUUAAGUUUUACUUUAAUUUUUUUUAAAAGUUUAUUUUAAGCAAAAAAGAAAUGGCGAUACUUUCAAAUGGUGUUGCAACUAUGAGCGUACGUUUUAUAAUGAUUUUUUU